UGGCCGCCAUCUUGGUUUUGUAAACUCAAAAGUGAAAACCCAGAGCGCAUUUUUUUCGUACAUCUGCGAACGUCGCUAUUUCUGGCGCUUCUCCUGACUUCAGCGCCCUCUAACUGGGAUGGAAGCUGAGUUUGACUCGGAUGAGAACCAGAGUGGCAAUGAGGGUCCCGGAUCUCCAGAGGCCAUGAGUGGUGCGGAGUCAGAUGCAGAGGACGGGGAGCUCCAGUCCGAGCCCGAGGAGGCAGGUGAACAGCUGUCGCCACCCGCCAGCCCCGAGACCCCACCUGGGAGCCCCCCGUCCCCCGCUGAGUCCGGUGGGGGUGGCCCGGAGUCCCCUCCCCAGUCCCCCAUGUCUCCGCCCCAGUCUCCUCCCGACAGUCCUGUCUCGCCUGCUGGGAGCCCCAUCUCCGCUGAAAGCGCACCUGGCAGUCCCCAGUCACCUGCAGGCAGCUAUCAGUCAGGUGGAGGCAGUCCGCAGUCAGGUGGGAGCGCCCCGGGUUCACCUGGAUCCGUCCCCUCCCCACCAGCAAGUCCCAUGUCUCCAGGUAGCCCCCAGUCACCAGAAGACCCACCGUCGCCCGCAAGUCCCCAGUCACCUGCAGGCAGUCCACAGUCACCUGCAAGCCCAGAGUCACCGGCAGGUAGCCCGCAAUCACCCGCUAGUCCGCAGUCACCUCCUGCUAGCCCCCAGUCUCCUGCAAGCCCUCAGUCUCCGAUUGGAAGUCCCCAAUCACCUGCAAGUCCCCAAUCACCUGCAGGUAGUCCACAAUCCCCUGCAGGUAGUCCACAAUCACCUGCAAGUCCACAAUCACCUGUGGGGAGUCCACAGUCACCUGCUGAUCCUCAGUCACCCGCAGGCAGUCCACAAUCACCUGCAAGCCCCCAGUCACUUGCCAGCCCCCAGUCACCUGCCGGCAGCCUGAUCUCUGCGGGCAGCCCGCGUGGCUCGGCUAGCGGCGACGAUGAACAAGCACCAAAUGAAGAGGAAGAUGAAAACAUGGAGGACGGAAACGCUAAUGCUUUUGAACAGAGCGAUGCUGAGGAUGAAAACAGGGAGGCAAUUGGUGAUGACGUUGAGCACAAGGAUGUAGACUCUGGUCCUGAGGGAGACAUGGAACAGGGCAGUGAUGUUGAGGGGGAGAACAAUGUUGACAGAGAGAUAGAUAACGACAAAGAACAGACAGGGGAUGAUGAUAAUGAUAGAUACAGUCCUGGUGCACAGGAUGGACAGAGAAGUGGUGGCAGUAGCCCUGAACCUGAGAAACAAACAGAUGAACAGGUCACAGAGGAAGGAGCUCAGAAUGACAGGAGCGAGGGAGAAGAAGAAGAUGUGCCAAGCAGACGGAGGGUAAGAGUGAUGGAUGACAGCAGUGAUGAGGAAGGGGAAAACAGAACGAGAGAAGACACUCCACAGGAAAAGGGGAGUGAUGCAGAGUCUGAUGGAGAAAGAGAGAACCUUUCUCCCAGAAAAGGGAAGAGAGCAGCAGUAUUAUCAGAUGAUGAGGAUGAGGAGACACAGCCUGUGCAAAGAAAGGCCCUGUCUUCAGAUGAAGACUCAGACUCAAACCAACAGACAAAGAGAAAGGGGGUGGUGUCAGAUGAUGAUGAUGAUGAUGAGAAGAUGGGAGGAGGAAGUGAUGAAGAAGUGGAGAAGGACAGCGAUGAUGAAGACAAGGAUGUUGGGGAUCUCAUCGCAGAUAUCUUCGGUGACAGUGACGAGGAUGAAGACUUUGAGGGUUUUGGUGAAGCAGAGGUUGAGGGAACUGUUCCAGAGGUGCAGAAGUCAUCAGGAAUCCUGUCAGACAGUGAUGAUGAGGGCGUGACAGGGGCGGAGUCAGAACAGGCUGCUGUACCCGCCGCUGAGUCGUCAGAUUCUGAUGAUGACAGACCGUCCGCUGACAAACCGGACAUGGUAUCAGACUUUGACAUCAUGCUGCAGAAGAGGAAAGCGAUGAACAAGGCCAACCGCAGGAAACGUAAAGACCAUGACCUGAUCAACGACUGUGACGACCUCAUUGUGGCGCUCAUCAACAAGAUGAAGGCAGCAGUUGAUGAGGACCGGGUGUUGAACCAGAACCGACAGCCGGCCGUCAGGAAGCUGAAGAUGCUGCCCAGCGUCAUGCAGACUCUCAGGAAGAAAGAUCUACAGGAAGCCAUCUUGGACUGUGGUAUGCUUCCAGUCAUAACGGACUGGCUGUCCCCCCUCCCAGACCGCAGCCUGCCCCACCUGCACAUCAGGGAGGAGAUGCUGAAAAUAUUACAAGACUUCCCACCGUGUAGCCAGGAGAGUCUGAAGUCCAGUGGAAUUGGCCGUGCCGUCAUGUACCUUUACAAACACCCCAAGGAGACCAGGAACAACAAGGAGAGGGCAGGCAAACUCAUCAACGAGUGGUCUCGGCCCAUCUUUGGUCUGAACUCCAACUUCAAGUCCAUGAGUCGAGAAGAGAGAGAGCAGAGGGACAUGGAGCAGAUGCCUAAGAGAAGAAGGAUGAGCAGUGCUGCAGAUGAGCCCAGGAGAAGUAUGGAUGUGGAGAUGGCACAAGCACAGGGGUGA